AUGUUGGAACUCUUUGUUCAGUAUCUAGCCACCUAUUCCUACAGACAUGGCAGUGGAAAAGAAAAGAAAGCACUCACUUACAGUGAUCUAUCAAAUACUGCAGAGGAGUCGGAAACUUUCCAGUUUCUUGCAGAUAUAUUACCAAAGAAGAUUUUAGCUAGUAAAUAUCUGAAAAUGCUUAAAGAGAAGAGGGAAGACGACGAGGAGGAGGAGAAGGAUGAGAGUGACGCUGACGAAGCAGAAUCCUAAACCCAAGGAAGUGCUUUCAAGAUCAGCCUGGAAGGAGCUCCUGGAUUAGCACCGUUGCUCUGAAGGGAGCAUGACGCUGGGCAGCUUUUGUCUCUCCACUUCUCAGAGCCUUUGAGCACACUGUGUUCUUUCCCGGCAGAGAGAGAGCACACUACCUCUGCCACAAAUAGCCAGGAGGAGAGUAACCCGGACAACAGGCGCUCUCGGACAGGCCUCUGCAGCUGGAGCUGGAGGGACCGAGGCACCAGCAGCCUGUAGCUGUGAGCGGUGGAGGCAGAGACACCUUUGCUUAACUUUUUAGUUUACAGGUAGAUUUUGAAGAGCUUCUAAAUACCAGUUGUAUAAAUUCACAUGUGUAUUCUGAAAUUGGUUCCUGUAAACAGCUAGACGCUGUUUUAGCUAAAUAUGUAGCCUGUGGGCAGCACGUUGACGUUUGCAUUUUCGUAUUUCAAGAAAAUUUCCUUGGCUUUGUAUUUGUCCAGAUACUGCGUUUUUUUAACUGUAAAGAAAUAAAAUUGUCUUUUUUUAUUGACAGCUUUA